AUGAUCCGUCUCCCUGCUGAUCACUCGGAGAAGAUUGCGGGGUCGUCGUACCGCGCGCAAAAGGCGCUCGAGGACGCUAAAAACGGAGGCGACAAGCCCGCCAUCAACCCCCAUGUGCCCGACUACAUUGCCAAGGCGCCGUGGUGGGCCGAGAUCAACGGCGAGCCGUCGCUGAACCACCACCGUAAAGAGGAGAAGAAGAAGACGCCCAUCGACCAGUGGUACGACCGAGGAGUUACCGGUCCCGCGGCGACCAAGUACCGCAAGGGCGCUUGCGAGAACUGCGGUGCGAUGACGCACAAGCGGAGGGACUGCGUCGAGCGUCCACGAAAGCGCGGCGCCAAGUUUACCAACAAGAACAUUGCGCCGGACGAGAACAUUCAAGAGGUGUCGCGCGAGUACGACGCGAAGCGCGACCGGUGGAACGGCUACGACCCUUCGAGCUACAAGUCUGUUGUCGAGGACUACGAGGCGGCCGAGGAGGCGCGGAAGAAGUUCCGCGAGGCCGAGCUCGAGGAGGAGGCCAAGAAGGCUGCCGAGGUGAAGCGCGAGGCCAAGAAGCAAAAGGCCAAGGACGAGGACGACGAGUUCGGCACGGACGACGACAGCGACGAGGAGACCGGCGACACGAGCAUGCAGGCGGACCAGGUGGACCAAACGUUCGACACGAAGAACCGCAUGACUGUACGCAACCUGCGUAUCCGCGAGGACACGGCCAAGUAUCUGCUGAACCUGAACCCCGAGUCGGCGUACUACGACCCGAAGACGCGCUCGAUGCGUGACGCGCCCGAGGAGGGCAAGAGCGCCGAAGACUUGCGGUUCGCAGGCGACAAUUUUGCGCGGUACAGCGGCGACGCGACAAACAUGCAAAAGCUGCAGGCGUUCGCGUGGCAAUCGGCGCAGCGCGGUCACAACGUCAAUGUGCACUCGAACCCGACGGCGGGUGAGCUGCUUCACCGCGAGUUCCAGCAGAAGCGCGACGUGGUCAAGACACAGGCCAAGACGAGUAUCCUGGAGAAGUACGGUGGUGAGGAGCACCUUGAGCGCCUGCCACAGGAACUCCUCGGCGGACAGACAGAGCAUUAUGUCGAGUAUUCGCGUACGGGAGAGGUCAUCCGCGGCCAGGAGCAGGCCAAGGCCAAGUCCAAGUACCCCGAGGACGUGUUCCCGAACAACCACACAAGCGUGUGGGGAUCGUGGUACGACCGCGAGAGCGGGCAGUGGGGAUUCGCGUGCUGCCACUCGCUCAUUGCGCGAUCAUACUGCACAGGCGAGGCCGGCAAGGAGGCGAACCAGGCCUCCACUGCCGCCGCUCUGCUCGGUACGAACGACGAUGAAGAGGCCGAGGAGGAGCAGCCUGUGAAGACGCUUGCCGAGAUCCACCGCGAGCGCAUGGAGGCGGGCAAGGGAAAGAAGAAGGACGACGACAAGUCGCGGGAAGCGAGCGACGAGCCCGACCUCGACAAAGAGCGGUUGAAGCGUGCCGUCGCCGAGGAGCGGAGACGGAAGCGCAUGGGCGAGGACGAGGCGUGGGAGGCGACCAAGAAGGCCAAGACGGACGUCACUGAGGAGGAGAUGGAGGCGUACCGCAUGUCGCGGAACGCGUUCGAGGACCCUAUGGCAAACUACGAAGACAAGGAGUAG